UCAUGCCAAAAUUAGAGGAAGAUGAAGUUUUCCUUGAUCAUCAAAUUUGCUCAAAGAAACCAUUGAUUCCUUAUCGUUAUUUCAUCAUGUUCAUGGUCUUGGCAGCGACAACGGUACUUUCCGCUGUUCGGAAUACAAUUAAUGUCGCAAUUAUCGCAAUGGUUGAUGACCCAACGGAUGAACAUUCAACGGGAACAAUUAACACAACCAGAAACCAGCAAUUUACGACUCAGCAAUUUGAUUGGAAUCAACAUGAACAGGGAAUCAUUUUGGGCUCAUAUUAUUACACUUAUACUGCGAUUCAAAUUUAUGCUGGAAAUUUAUCUGAUAAGUUCAAUGUCGUCCAUUUAAUGGCCUUAACUCAGUUGAUUGUAACUCUUUGUACCUUCAUCACUCCGUUGGCAGUUUCAUUUUCAAUUUAUUACAUGAUCACGAUUCGUAUGAUCAUGGGAUUAGUUCAAGGGGUCACUUUUCCGUGUUUGUAUAACAUGAUUGAGAAUUGGUUUCCACCCACUGAGUUAGGGUUCGCUCAAGGUUUGGCCGCAGCGGGUUGUGAUCUUGGUUCAGCGUUAACCUCCAUUUUCACUGCUUGGAUAAGUGAACGGGGAAUUUGGGGCGGUUGGCCUGCUGCUUUCUACACAAUGGGUAUGUUCAAUCUCGUUUUCGGCCUUGUUUGGAUGGCGAUGGUCACACGAGAUCCAUUUUCGAAUCGAUUUGUUUCCGAUUAUGAGAAGCGUCAAUUGUACCAUAUUGUUCAAAACACCAAAACGGAGCAACCAAAGAUCAAAUCAACGCCUUGGAUUAAAAUGAUCACCUCUUUACCCCUUUGGUCAGUAAUUAUCACCAAAGGGAUCAUUGGAUUAGCUUAUUCAGUGAUUAACAGUAAAAUUCCGGUUUAUCUUGAUUCGGUUCUUGGUUAUAAGCUUGAAAAUAAUGGACUAAUUAAUGGACUUUUAUACAUCGGUUCGGGAUCUACACAACUCACUUGUGGUCCAAUAUCAAAGUACUUGAUUGCCAGAGGUUUGAUUGGCCGAACAGCGACCAGAAAACUUUUCGAAACAAUUUCUCUUUCUGGGAUAAUUGUAAGUCUGAUCGCAGUUUGUUAUCUUGGUGAUAACGCUCAUCUAAUUGUGACCUGUUUGAUAAUGUCCAUGGUUUUUCAUGGAGUCAAUUUGGGCGGUGAUGUGCCCAUUGUAGCGGAAAUGGCCCCAGGUCUUAUUGGGACAACUUUUGGAUUCGCAAAUACCAUUGCGAGUGCUUCGGGAUUCAUAGCUCCAGCUUUGAUUGCUGUGAUUCUGGGAGAUGAUGCGGGUUCACAAGCUAAAUGGAUUCUCGCUUUUCAAAUUGUCGCUGGACUACAAUUCGUAGCACUUAUAUUAUUUGGUAUCUUCGCCACGGCCGAACCACAAUCUUGGGGUAAAGUUGAAAAUUUACAUUUAGACGAACCAGUCAGUCGAUUAUCCCAAGAAUCGGAAAAGAUUCAAGAAAUUAACAACAAUUAAGUUAUGAAAAAUGUUCAUUUAAAAGUCUAUGUAAAUAUUUAGGUGACAAUUAAAACUUAAUAACAUUUUACUACAA